AUGUCAGCUCGCCAUUUUUCGGGAUAUCCAGCAGCUUCGUUUCCAUCGCCUCAACUGCAGCACCUGACCCUGCGAUCUGACGCUGGUGGGCGGGCCGUGAGCCUGACACUGAUCAGCCUGGGGCAGGCCGCCCUGGGUCUUGACACUGCUCUGAUGCUUUGGCGGGCUGACCUCUUCGAACCUGCCCCUAAGACAGGCUGCCCUAGGGCGGGCCGCCCUAGGCUGCGGGCCGCGCUGGGCCUGGCCCUAGGGCAGGCUGCCCUAGGUUGGCCUAGGGCCAGGUUACUUGGGUCUUCAAGGUCAAGCUGGGGCAAUGUUCUUCAAGCUUCGUCUCGGGAGAAGAAGACGCUGCAGCUGAGGCGAUGGAAACGAAGUGCUGGAUAUCCCGAAAAAUGGCGAGCUGACAUGAUUCGCUCGAUGAUUUCAAUUCAGGAGAAGUUCAAUUUGACGGCCAAAUUGGUGGCCGCGAUGGAACGCUGCAGCGACCUUGAAGAGCGCUGUCAAGUCCUGGAGGUACAAAGAAGUGAAGCGUUGAAGAGGGAGACUGAAGCCAAAGCAGCUUCAGAGGAGCAGUGGACCACGGAUCAACGUCCAUCAUUGGAGGCGGCGGUGGAGCGCUUAACGCGGCACCGCGAUGCCUGGCAAGAGCUGUGCCGCGAUCUACGGCGAACGGUGGUGCAACAUGAACAUGAGCUCAAGGAGCUGCGUGAGGAGAGUGAGAAGAAACUCGUGGAGCGCCAUCGCUUGCAAUCUGAGUGCCUUCAACUCCAGGAGGAGUGCGACGCGCAAUCCCUGUUGGAUGUGCGACAGCGUGUGGAGGAAGGUUCACAGCACCAUGCACGGAUGCAGUCCAUCCUCCAGCCGCUCCACUCGGCCCACGACUUGGCUGAGAAGACGCGGACGGCGACGGAGGUGCACCACGGCUCCAAGGAACAUCUUUUCGAUCACAAGAAGCAGCUGCAGAAGAACCAGGUGGCGCAGAUUCAUGCUGAUCUUUUCAACUUGGAGGACCAGUGCGAUGCCUUUGAAAACACGCUGAGCUGCGCCAUUGCAGAGACCGAGAGCCUGGAGCACAAGGUGGCCGAAGCGAAACGGGGCAAGGUCAUUGAGAAUCAAAAGGAGGCCUUUGCCAGGCAGCGCUUGGAGGCGGCGCGCGGCCGCCAAAAAGCGCUGCAGCGCCGAGGACUGGAGUUGCAGAGGCUGUGCAAGAACAUUGAGGAUGAAAGCGUGCAGCUUCAGGACGAGCGUGCUCGGUUGUUGCUGGGUGCGCGACGGAAGGCCGUUGCUUCUGUGCGCUCCCGAUCCCACGAACCCAGUCCUGUGGUCCGGGAGCCGCUGACGGCUUCGCAGGUCGUAAGGCUCAAGCUGGUUCGACUCCCGCCGAAGCUUCUAGUCAUGAAGUUGCUCCCAACCUUCGGGUUUGAUGCUAUCGCUCGCGUGUAUCCUAUCACCAACACAGAUGUGCAAUUUGCAUGGCUCUAUACGUUAGGAGUGACCCCUACGAGACAACCAGGCUUUCUCCAAAAACUGCUUGGAGGGUUUGCAUUUUGGAUCAUUUGUUACACAUGGCAUCACACGCAACGAAGGUUGUGGCUUCGGUGGGACAUGCCCGGGGAGCCUGGGCAGGUAGUCAGUUUUCAGAGGGUUCGGUCUGGAGAUGUCCAGGUUGCACUGAACAGUCUGGCCGUUCUUCUUCCUUCCAUCUUCUGUUUCUCUUGCUACGCCUUCAGUGCGACACUGCUCCGGCAUGUAGUGAACCCAGUCUUCACACCAAAGACACGCCUGAAGCACAUUUUGGUGACCGCUUUGAUGUUUGCCAUGGCCUUUUCCUGCAAUGUUCUGAUGACUUCCAACUGGGUGGUCUGGUCAGUGGGCGUGUUUACUUACGCUAGCUGGGCCUUUUGCGGCCGCACAGUGCCGACUGAGAUGACCAGGCUGCCUUUGACAGGAACGCUCACAAAGCUAAGUGCCAAGAAAUCUGAGAGGGAACUUGGGGUUCUCACUCGUCGCGCAGAAUUCAAGGCUGCGAGCAUUUGGAUGGGCGAUGAGUCCAUCUUAGUGGAGAGGUAUGGCGACCAAUGGGUAUACACAGGUUACUGCGGCCGGGCCAAUAUAUUCCGGCCUGAUGUUGCCCUCGUGCUAUGCACAGCACUUGUUUGGCGCAUCCCUUGGUUCAUCCUUGGAACAGGUAACUACAAUCAGUGCGUAGGAUGGGCGGAGCUCUGCAUGAUCUUCUACAUCCCCUUUGGCUACCCUGCCUUAGCAACCUUUGGUUUCCGUCUCGCUUUGGCAAAUGGCUCGAUGAUUUGUGCCAUGGUGUUGAUUGUAGCCUGGCCUCUUGUGAAUUUGUUUCUGGGAGGCAAAGGCUGCAGCACCUUAACAGAUCUGGUGCUUGGCGAAUAUUUGCCAGAGAUCUGGACGUCCACCGCAAGAAACAUCACCUUCAAUCGAGGCUAUGAGGCCUGUGCCGUGCAGGCCUACCAGGAAGGGGGCGAGGCAUUGCUUGUUGCUAGCACAACAGUUGCAGCAUGGGUGCACAUCAUGUCCAACUACUCGUUCUUGUUUGGUUUCGGCCUGGGAUUGUACAGAAAGACUUGCGAUCCAGUUGAAGAGGUACGAGUAGACUUGACCAUCGAUCAGGCAAGGUCAGAAAUUAAUUAAUUUUGCAAGAUCUCACGACAGGUAACGAAACUAUCGUUGCAAUUCGUUGUACAUUUUUCCGAGUAGUUUUUGUUCGGAGAAUUUAGCGGUCUUUUAAGCGGGUACCAAGGAUGUUGGAACGCACAUCAUGUACAAUUAUAGGCACACAUGUACAGACAAUUUCAUGCGAAGGCUGUUGCCAGGCCGCUUUUCCAAUCAUCUGCAAUAGCUACAAGUCGCGCAAGAGUGAGCCUUCCAAAAGAUCGAUUUGCCGACGCUCUACAACAAGACUAGACCGAAAAUGGAUGUGUAUAUGUUUAGUCUUGAUUUUGUUGCUGUUAGGGUUCCAGAC